AUGGCUACCGAUACAAACCAAACUGAGAAGCCCUUUGGAGUGAGCAACAUCAAAUCGCACAUUCCGAUCACGCUCAACAUGGACGAAUUCAAUUAUGAUGCUUGGCGUGAAUUGUUUGAGACACACUGUCUCAGUUUCGGUGUUAUGGGUCACCUCGAUGGCACAACCCAACCAUCAGGACCAGAUGAUACGUAUUGGACAAGAAUUGACGGCCUUGUCAAGUUGUGGAUCUACGGCACUAUAUCACAACCGAUGCUCACGAACGUGCUUAAGAAGAAAAGUACGGCACAAGCGCUAUGGACGCGAUUGGAAAAUCAAUUUCGUGACAACAAGGAGGCACGAGCAAUCCAACUUGAACAUGAACUCCACACUCUCACCAUUGGAGAUCUCAGUGUUCAAGAGUACUGUCAAAAGUUGAAGAAACUUUCGGAUCUCCUAUCCAACAUCGACGCCGAACUCUCCGAUCGUUCCUUGGUUAUGCAUAUGCUCAACGGUCUCAACGAGAAGUUUGAUAACAUCGUCAAUGUUAUCAAACAUAAGUCACCAUUCCCCACAUUUGAAGAUGCAAGAUCUAUGCUCACACUCGAAGAACAACGUCUUUCCAAGACCAUUCGUCAUCAGCCCUCUCACACCGAACACUCGUCUUCACCAACCGUACUCUACACGGAAACUACAGCAUCUCCACGACCUCCUCCCUCAUGGUCUUCUUCUCCGCGUCCUUAUCAUCAACGCGAUGGUCGUCAUGGAAAUCGUCGUGGCCGCCAAUCUCGUGGACGAAGAUUCCACAACAAUAACCAUAACAACGGACCAUCGUGGAACAAUAACUGGCCAUCAUUUUGGCCAAACCCCUGGGCACAUCCGGCCUAUGCUCCUGGUAUUCUUGGACCAAACCCGGGACAACAAUCUCAAGCUCGUGUCCCCUCGCCUCAAUGGUCGACCCAUACACCACCCGCGGCAAAUGUCGAACCUGCGACUGCCCUAGCACAAGCCUUCAACACCAUGACGUUACAAAACCCAGCCGACAAUGCAUGGUACAUGGACAGCGGCGCGACGGCUCACCUCACGAACCAGCCAGGAUCGUCCCACACAACGGAUUCUUCUCCGAUGUGA